AUGGUGCUGUCCAAGUUGUUCGUCACCGUUAGCACAUCAAUUGCCACCGUCCUGAUCUAUGUACUUAUCGCCGGCUACCGUCAACGCUCUAGAAUCUAUCGUCUACAACAACAAGGCGUUGCCAUAGCCGAUGGAUGGAGCUGGUGGUUUGGCCAUCUUCUUGUCCUCAACAAGAAAUUGAGAACGUUGCCGCAUGACGCAAACAUAUUCAUGGUGAUGGACGAUGUCAUCAACAAACACGAAGAUACAGGAUAUUUUGUCAUGGACUACUGGCCUAUGUUUCAGCCCGUCCUGCUGACCUUUAGCCCCGAGAUUGCGACACAGGUGUCAAGCAGACGCGAUUUUCCCAAGCCUGCUGAUCAAGAAAAUUCCUUCCGACCGAUCAUCGGGGGCCCAAGUCUUAUCACCAUGCACGAGACGCAAUGGAAGUUCUGGAGAUCGCUUUUCAACAAUGGGUUCAGUGCAUCGCACAUGCUGAGUCUUGUUCCCAGUUUAGUCGAUACCGUAGAUAUCUUCUGUGAGCAAUUGUUUGCAAACGUAGAUGGGGAUAUAUUCUUCCUGGACGAUAUGGCCAUGCAGCUAACUAUGGAUAUCAUUAUAAAGACAACUCUCGAUAUUGACUUGGAUAAUCAGCGGGCUGAACAUCAGCUCUCCCAUGCGUUGAAUACUAUUCUGGACUGGCACUCGUUCUGGGACCCGCGGAUUCUCCUCAAUCCUCUAAGACUUCCGGUUCAGUGGUACUAUGGUCGUUGUAUGGAUGGUUUCAUAAAGGCGCAAUUACAGAGACGGUUUGAAGAAAUGAAAUCGGAGCGCAGCGCUUCUACCUCCAGCCAGAUCAAGAAGGCCAAAUCUGUCAUCGCACUCGCUCUCGAAGAACACAUGUCUCUGAAGUAUAAGGAGGGCAAACAGGCUUCCGAUGAUUUGAAACUUGAUCCGCAGUUCGCAAAUAUCGCUGCAAAUCAAAUUCGAAUGUUCUUAUUCGCGGGAAAUGAUAGCACAGCUACGACUCUGGUGUAUACCUACCACCUGCUUUCACAAAAUCCGGUGGCUCUCGCUAAACUCAGAGAAGAGCACGCUUUAGUAUUUCAUUCAUCCGAAGCCGGAGAUCAGCUAAGAGAAGACCCAUCCCUCAUUAAUCAAUGUCCAUACACUCUAGCUGUUAUCAAAGAAGCCCUUCGUUUGUUCCCUGCUUCGUCAGCAAUUCGAGAUGGCAUUGUGGAAUUUGUCCCGGAACGCUGGCUUGUCGGACCUGGACAUCCUUUGUACCCCAAAUCACCAUUGACUUCAUACCGACCGUUUGAGCACGGAACUCGAAACUGUAUUGCCCAGACGCUUGUGUAUAACGAGUUACGUGUAGCACUCAUCAUGACUGCCCGGAAAUUCGAUAUCAAGCCUGCUUAUGAAGAGUGGGAUUGCCGAGAAAAGAGCAGACAAGGAAUUUUUGUAACCAUGAUGGAAACGUUGGGCUUGAAGGGGGAACAGUACAAGACUGUUCUAGGCGAGCGUGCUUAUCAAACGAGCAGGUCGGGCGCACAUCCUGCGGAUAGGUAUCCAUGCCGUGUGAGUCUUGCGCAGGGCUAGUCUGUGGUGUUCAUAUACAAAGGUUCAACCAAUAUAGAAACUCGUCCGGUUUCACUCGUUUUCGUCGCUAUCAAUUUCAAUUUCAACUUCCAUUGAAUGAAAUCAGUGUACAACUGAAAAGUCGAACCCCUACAAAAAGAGGAUGAGAAAGAGCUAUGAACAUAUACUGUGCA